AAAAGUUGCCACUGCCAGUACUGCCACUGUCCUUCCAAUUCAAAUACCGACCUACCUACGUAACGUAUAUUUUGUAAGUUUUGGUGAAAGUUGAAGAUAAAGUUGUAUUCAAAAUAGAAACGUGAAUAAUAUUAGUUUUUCAUGCAUAGCUUACUUAGUACUUAGGUAAAAGUCUAAAUUCUAGAAUGGACUAAUCAAAAUUACACUUGUGUGAAGUGAAUGCUGUCUGCAAAGAGUAAAACGACCUAUGAUAUAACAAACAUGAAUGCCCCACUUCAUGUUGAGAUUGUACAGAAAAGGAAAAGCCAUGAAAGUAAAGACUUCAUAAAAGGAAUAGUGCAUUCGUACCUUGCUAGGUUUUCCUGUAUAAGUCCCGGUACCACACUUAGUGAUAAAGAUUUAGAAGAAAAUGUUGAAUUGAACGAGCAUGUACAAUCCAUUACUUUCUGUGAUAUAGAUCAUGAUUCUGAAGUACAAAUGACAAAUACGGAAUUCUUGUACCACAUAUAUAAAUUAGACUGUUUCGGUGUGGAGACAGAUACUAUGACUGACAACGCUUCUGGUGAAGAGUUAGCUGCCGCCGACGUGUGGUCGUUGCCUUCAGAGGAGUUUCACGGAUUGUGGGAAAGCUUGGUGUACGAUUCGAAGUUGAAAGAAGACACAUUGAGAUUCGCGGAGACCGCUUUCGAGUUCGCCGAUCGCGGCGUGAAUCCCACCAUAGUCGGAUGUAACCGAGUAGUGCUGCUGCACGGGCCCCCGGGCACCGGCAAGACGAGCCUGUGUCGAGCACUCGCGCAGAAGUUGGCCAUCCGGCUGGGCGAGCGUUUCCCACGCGCGCGGCUGCUCGAAAUCAACGCGCACGGGCUCUUCUCCAAGUGGUUCUCGGAGAGCGGCAAGCUGGUGGCGCGCCUGUUCGAGCGCGUGCGCGACAUCGUGGAGGACCGGCGGCUGCUCGCCUGCGUGCUCGUGGACGAGGUGGAGUCGCUGGCGCACGCGCGGCGCGCCGCCCUCGCCGGCCUCGAGCCGUCCGACUCCAUCCGCGCCGUCAACGCGAUCCUCACGCAGCUGGACCGGCUGCGGCGGCAUCCCAACGCGCUCGUGCUAGCCACCUCCAAUGUGACGGGCGCCAUCGACGUCGCGUUCGUGGACCGCGCCGACGUGAAGCGGCUGGUGGGCCCGCCGACGGCGCGCGCUGCGUACGAGAUCCUGCGCGGCUGCUGUGGUGAGCUGGCGGCGCGCGGCGUGGUGUGGCCGCGCGCGGGCGAGCGGUUGUUCGCGCUGCGCGUGCUGGAGGGCUCCCGGUUCGCGGAGAGCGAGGCGGCGCGCGCGUCGCUGCGGCUGUGGGCGCUCGCGGGCGAGGCGGGCGCGGCGCGGCUGUCGGCGCGGGCGCUGCGCCGGCUGCCGCUGCUGGCGCGCGCGCUGCACUGUGAGCCGCGGCCCGACCUGCUGCGCUUCGUGGACGCGCUGCACGCCGCGCUGCGCCAGCACCUCGCCGACACACGAGAUUUGCACUCCGAUGAUGAACGAUGACUCUUCAUGCUGCUCUGUGAUAUGUUCAUAUUUAGAGAGUUGAUAUUGGUUUUAAUUUCAAAUAGAAUGGUUCGACCUUGAGUGGACUACAAAUUGUCAAUAGAUAUUUAAAUGGAUUUAGUGUACAUGUACAGAUUUCACACAUGCUUUUUCAGACAGUGCUCUUAACCACUGAGCUAUCAUGGCUGGCAUGGUCUCGAUAGCUCAGUGGUUAAGAGCACUGUCCCGGAUUGUCCCGGCACUGUCCCCAGGCGCGGUUUCAAUUCCCGCUUGAUUCCAGAAUUUUUUCAUCUCAUCAUUAUUGUCAAUAGAUAUUUACGGGCUCAAACUUAUACACUUGUGAUAAAGAUAUUUUAUUACCAUGUUUUACUAAGCAUGAAUUAAUUGACAUUAUCAUAAACCUAGUGCAUUUGAAACUUCUAAACAGUGUUUAUUAAUUAAUGUAUGUAAGAAAAUUGGUGAUUAAUUUUAAGUGUUAAAAAUAUACACCUAAGUACAAAUUAA